AUGGCUGAUAUGAAAGAAGAUCCCCUUCUGACUCCAGAAUCAACACCUAACAAGCCAUCGUCAAAGAACGAAAAUUCAGAGAGCCUGAUGUUCUUUUUCCUAGGCAAUACUUCUUUACUUGCAUUUAAUAUUAUUAUCAACGCUAUAGAUAUUUAUGCCAAAAAGACAAAUAGGUCAGAUAUGGCUAGUUUAUUGAACAGAUCUUAUAAUAUUCCAAACGCUUUGAUGGCUCUUUUUCUUUGCAUUUUCAAGCCAACGAAUUACAAGAUUUCCCUCAUUUCUGCACUUGCAUCACUUACAUUUAUCAUGUGUUUCCUUCCGAUUUUCUUGAUUAUUCAUUUAAACGCAAAUGCAUUUUUAUAUUUGACUCUUGUUGUUAUUGGUUUAACAGGCAUUGUUUCUAGCUUACUUUUCUCAUCUAUUUUCUCAUUUGCUUCUCAGUUUGGUCCUAUUUCUUCAGCAAUGGCUUCAUCCGGUUGUGGAUGCUGCGGAGUUAUUGCAUCUGUUCUCAGAAUCAUUACAAAAGCAGCCGCUGUUACAGAUCGUGCUAAUUUGUAUUCAACAUGUGCAUAUUUCUUUAUUUCGGCAGGUAUAAUUUUCUUAACUUUAGUUUUCUUCUUAUUUAAGAUGCAAAAGCCAGAAAUACGUCUGAAAAUGAUUCCAGCAUCCAAAUCCGAGAAAGUAGCUAUCUUUAACCGCGAAACUCUCGUUGUUAUUAAAUCAAUUUGGGUUUCAUGGUUAUCUGUCUUUGCCAACUUCCUCAUUACACUUUCAAUAUUCCCUGGAUACGUUGCCAACACUCGCGCUACGAAGCAGAUUGGUGAUUGGACAUCAGUUAUCGUUGUUACGAUUUUCUGUGUAUUUGAUUGGGUCGGAAGAGCUGGUCCUGGAUUAUUCAUCUGGCCACCGAGAAAAUUCGCUUGGAUCCCAAUAGUUUUGAGAUUCCUUUCUUAUCCAAUUUUCAUUGUCUCCAUUCAGCAUAAGUUCAAGGCUGAGCCAUGGUGGACAUUCGGAUGGAUGAUUCCGUUCGCAUUAAGUAAUGGUUACUUCGGAACUGUCCAGAUGAUUUAUGGAUCAAAUCCAGACGAAUUAACCCUCGAACAAAGGAAAUUUGCCGGAUUUUUGAUGUCAUUCGCCGUCAAUGCUGGUAUCCUUUGUGCUAUGGGAUUGACAUUCUUAUUGCCAACCCCUCCGAAAUUUAAUUGA